AUGAGCAUGGCUGCCUCUACCACCAUGGCUAUGGAUAUGUCUUCGACUGCUACUGGUGCCGCGGCUUCUGCGAGUACAACUGCCGCCAUGGCUAUGGAUAUGGGUGGUUCUUGCAAGAUCUCUAUGUUGUGGAACUGGAACACCGUCGACUCCUGCUUCAUCGCCAGAUCAUGGCACAUCACCUCGGAAGGCAUGUUUGCCGGCUGCUGUGUCGGUGUCAUCCUCCUCGUCAUGUCCUUUGAGUUCUUGCGCCGCCUAGGGAAAGAGUACGACCGCUUCAUCCUCCGCCAACAAACUUCUAUCAUCAGCACCAAUUCCGAGACAGGCUCUUCAGCUGUUGCCGGCAAGGUCGCCACCGUAGCAUGCGCUCCUCAAUCGAGCAGGAGCAUGCCACCGUUCAGACCGAAUAUCUUCCAGCAGAUGAUCCGCGCCACGCUGCACAUGGUUUCAUUCACGGUUGCAUACUUUAUCAUGCUGCUUGCUAUGUAUUACAAUGGAUACAUCAUCAUUUGCAUUAUCAUUGGAGCGUGGCUUGGGGCGUUUGUAUUCAGCUGGGAGACGGUUGACCUCGGUGGACCUAAGGAGGAGGUUACUGUUUGUUGUGGUUAA